AUGCUCACUAUCACCUGCGUUGGCGCAGAAACAGUGAUUCUCAUGACUGAUGGAACUGGAGCAGGAAUGGAACAAAUGAUAUUGGAUGCAUAUUUAGGUGAUCCAGGACAGGUGAUAGUGUUAGAGUUAACACUACCUUGUUAUCCAUACGGUUGGGGAGCGUCUGAACCAGACCUUAGACCAAAAGAUAAUAAAUUCACCUGCGAUGGUGAAACUGAGUGUUGUCCUGCUAAUGGUCUUUGGACGGAGUGGGUUGCUGAGAAUGAUUGUUCUGCUGAUUGUGGAUCAUGUGCUCAACAAGUUUUCAGAAGGAGCUGUUUAUCUGAGCCUUCAGGGUGUUCUUGCACUGGCAGCGAUGUCGUCAUACGUAACUGUAAUAUUGAUGCUUGCGAGUACCCGGCUCCAAAUUGCUGCACUGGGUUCCGAAUUGUUUUCGUGAAUGGCCGUUUUGCCUGUGGACCACAGCCAAGUGAGCCCACAAUACCUGCCGAUGUUUCCUGUUGUCCGCCUGGUGGCUUCUGGUCUCUGUGGGGAGAAUGGAGCGGUUGUAGCGGGGGCACUUGCGGAAAGUGUGGUGCGGCUACUCGCAGCCGUACGUGCUAUUCAGAAGAGUAUGGAUGCUCGUGCGAUGAUGGAGAAGACACGGAAACAAAACCUUGUAGAGUUUUAGCUAGCUGGAAUGAAUGGGUGGAAAGUGUAAGCUGUUCUGAGAGUUCGUGCGGGUCUUGCAGUUAUAGAGUUUACGAAAGAACGUGUGACUCUACUAACAGUUGUUUCUGCAUUGGCUCAGAGCGCAAAGCUGAACUUUGUAACACGUCUCCUUGCAACGGCACAUAUUGCUGUGAUGAUUUCGAGAUGAUGACUCUUGUCGCUAACGGACCGUCUUUCUGUGGACCAUUGCCUGAUCUUGAGCCGGAAGCUGUUAACGAGGAUUGUCCGCUAGAAGCGGAAUGCUGUGUUAUGGGCGGAAUUUGGUCAGAAUGGUCUGCAGGAGGAUCCUGUUCAUCAACUUGCGGAGGAUGCGGUAUCACUACAAGAUCUAGAUAUUGCAUUUCUGAAGACUGGAACUGUGAUUGCGUAGGUGAAGCAACAAAAUCUUCCGACUGUGGAGCUAUCGCAUGCAAUACCAGUACACCUUGCUGUAGUGGUUCAGAUCCUGUUUCCAUAGACAAUAUACUCACAUGCCCAUCCUUAGAUUCAAAAGAUCCAGCUCCUUCGGAUCUGUGCUGGACAGAUUGCUGUCCCCAGUCUGGUGGAUAUUGGUCCGAAUGGUUCGAUGUCGGGCAAUGCUCUGAAGAUUGUGGCAGCUGUGGCUUAUUGCCGCAAAAACGCCGAUGUCUCACAGAACAGUAUGGAUGUGAUUGCAGAGGUAACGACACAAGAAAUAUUGUUUGCAAUACUGGUGUUUGCUACUUCCCUCUUCCAACAUGUUGUGAACCGUAUGUUUCAAUGGUUAUCGAUGAUAAGCAUUCAUGUGGACCACUGCCUUCAUACACUACGCCCGAUAAACCAUACGAUCCUUACUGCAACGAGACGUGCUGUGCCGAAACAGGAAUCUGGAGUGAAUGGACAAUAACCCCUGAACAAUGUACAGAUUACUGUGGAUCUUGUGGUAACAUGACAAAGACAAGAACAUGCAUUUCAGAAAAUGAAGGGUGUCCUUGCCAAGGUCAUUCUAUAGAAAUCAGUCAAUGUAAUACUGGAGUUUGUUAUUAUCCUCGCCUUUCAUGUUGUCCUGGCUAUCAGUCCAUGGUGAUUGCUGGAAAGCAUGCUUGCGGGCCUCUGGCAAUUAUACCUGAAGAAGUACCCUAUCUCAAUACAUGCGGUGUCGAAUGUUGUCCAAAUGCCGGUAUUUGGGGAGAGUGGACAAUAUCUGUUCCCUGCAACGACACUUGUGGUUCAUGUGGGGCUCAAACAAGGAUACGCAAAUGCUUAUCAACAAGAUAUGGUUGCCCAUGCACUGGAGACGAUACCAGAAAAGACGUUUGCGGAACAACGACAUGUCUUUAUCCACGUGUCGCUUGUUGCCUUCCUUAUACUAAACGAAUUGACCCAGUAACCAAAACUAUUAUCUGUGGCCCUCUUCCAACCGAACCGGCGUUUAAUCCAGAGCAAACAACUUGUUGUGAUCCAGAGCAAACUGGAUUAUGGAAUGAAUGGAAAGCUUGGUCUACGUGCUCAGGAACGUGUGGACUAUGUGGUGUUCAAAGUCGCAAUAGAACCUGCGCUUCCGCUGCAUAUGGAUGUCCUUGCGUAGGAAAUACCGUUGAACAAAAGAACUGUGGAGACCAGGCUUGUCCAUCCGGAGCUAAGUGUUGCGCUGGAAAAUAUCUGUCUAAAACAUAUGAUGGCUUCGAGUUCUGCACAGAUAAACAGAUUCCAUACUGCGCAGGAACAUGGACACCAUGGUACACUCAAACUGGCGCAACAUGCAAUGACACUUGCGGCAUGUGCGGAGUUAUCGCUUCUUAUAGACACUGUUGGCCCUCAGGCUGUCAAUGCAGCGGAAGUUUCACAGCCAACCGGCCGUGCAUGGAACCUGUCUGUCUGUACCCAAGAACUGCUUGCUGUGCUGGAUUCGCAAGGAAAAUCGUUGGUGGUAAACUUGUAUGUGUAGCCACAUAG